AAGCUUUCUCUUUCUUUUAUCACAAACAUGAGGGCGACCCGCUCCACACACACCGGCUUACUGCGUGUCUGCCUCCUGUCCUCUUUUAUCUACCUGUUCUGCUCCACCUGCACCGGAGUGGCGUCCGGCCGGGAAGUGGCCUCCCACCGGCCCGCGUUGACGCAGCGCAGCCGCCGGAGCCACCCGAGCGCACGGCACAAAGGCGCGCACCACCGCAUGACGGACGCGCAGAAAGCGGACCAGAACCUGCAGUUCAUGUUGAGUUUGUACCGGAGCGCAGCCGAGCCGGACGGCAGGCCCAAGCAGCACCGAAAGUUCGGCUCCAACACGGUCCGUCUGCUGAGGCCGUCGGCGUCCUCGGUGCACUACCUGCCGGCGUCAGGAGACCACCUCUACAGCUUCACAGUCCAGUACAACCUCGACACUCUUCCCUCGGAGCAGCUGAUCAGAGCCUCGUUCAUCCACCUCCGCUCUUCGUCCUCUCCCUCCUCCUACUCCUCCUCUUCGUCCUCGUCUUCCGCCGCAACCGCUAGCACCAACCAGGCCCCCGAGCCGCCCCGCUGCAGGGCUCAGAUCACCUCGCUGGGCAAAGAGAGCCUGGUCACCCUGGAGCCCCACGAGCGGUGGACAGAGACGGACAUCACUGCACACGUCCAGCAGGGGAAGAACCAGGGCGCGGGGGGACACUUGACCCUCACCGCCCAGUACUGGUGCACCGAGCCUGGGCAAGCCGAAGAGGACGACGGCGGCCCCUCUUGGUGGUGGGCUCUACUUUACGGGAUAAAAAGAUGGCGAGGCGAACCUCAUCUGGAAGUCCCGUCUCUUCUUUUGUACCUGGAGGAGGAGAGGGAGGUGAAGGACUGGAUGGGGGACUUGCUGGGGGCCGAAGGGGAAGACAUCAUGAGGCGAAUAGAGCAGUGGCAUCCCUUGGAGCGCCGCCGCCGCUCUAAAGACGUUACAAGCUCAGACCCCAAAGAUUCUUCGCUGGACGUUCUGAAAAACGCCCCGACUUCCUCCUCCUCCUCCUCCUUCUCCAGCUCGCCCUCGGCCUCCAUCAUCUCCGACAUCCCCAACUACAAACGCAAAACCGGCGUGCCCAAGAACCGCUGCAAGCUCCACUCGUUCCGCCUCUCCUUCGACGAGCUCGGCUGGGGUCACUACUUCAUCGCGCCGCCGGUGUACAACCCGCGGUUCUGCCAGGGCAACUGCCCGCGGGUGCUCCACUACGGCUACCACUCCCCCAACCACGCCAUCAUCCAGACGGUCAUCAACGACCUGGGCAUCGGGGACGUUCCCCCUCCGUCCUGCGUGCCGUACAAGUACAUGCCCAUGAGCGUGCUGGUGGUGCACAAGAAGAAGGUGGAGUACAGGGAGCUGGAGGACAUGGUGGCCGAGUCGUGCACGUGUCGCUGAAGAAAACACGCUAGAAGAAAAGAGACUUUAAAAAUAAAAAAGGAGGGCAGAUUUGAUGGGUCAUUUGUUUGAUCUACAGCUCGGCAGCUAACCACAACGAGCUCGAGACUGGGAGGAGGAAGUUCUUGUGGUUUCAGGUCUUCGCUGUUCCUGUUAAAGCACUUUAAAGAAAGGCAGCUACUGGAUGAGACUGUGGCCUGUGAUGAACUAUAUAAGGUUGUGGAGGCGAGAGGGUGUCUAUUUACUGAUGUAUUUAUAUUAUAUAUAUGUAUGAUAUAUAUAUAUAUUGGAAUAAUUAUUAUUCUGUGAGCUCUUUAAAAGCACUGUGCGGAUUGGUGAGUGUGCAAUAUUCAUGGUCACUAAUGUUUUUCCUCCUGAGAUCAAAGCUGGUACAUUUUUGGAAUCAUUUUAAGCCACUUUGACUAACUUAACUUCACUUUAAGUGGUAAUUUAACUCAACUUAAACCCAAACAUCUGGGGUAACUUAACAAUAUCUCAUCAACUUCUACACUAACUAAACAUCAGGGGUAAUUUUUUUAAGAAAAGCUGCUCUAACUUGAGGAGUUAACCACUGGUUUGUUUGUACUCACACAUGUAGAAUCCAUCUCCACUAUUUGACCUCAAACCUCAGACAUUUAAUGAAUAUUUUCUUUCUGUGUGUUGUUUUUGUUCUGUAUCAUCAUUAUUUUGUCUUUUUUAAAAACCUGAUCUGUGUUUCACAUCAGGGCAGCAAAAAAUAAAAUAAAGUAGUGUAUUAAAACCAAAAAAAAGAAGAAAA